AGUUACUUCAUAGAUAUGCUUGUAAUGUUUAUAGAGUGUGGAAAGAGAUAUUGCUUCCUGAUAUUCUUCCUAAUUUCAAAAUUAGACACGAUCUCUUAGUACACAUAACUCUUUUAUAGAAUUAUUAUUUUUAUCCCUUUUUCUGUCUAUUUUAGUCUUACCGGAAACAUAGAUGAAAGUAGAAGAAUUCAUGAACGUACACUCAUGAAGUACCAUCACGCGAUGGUAUGCUGGAUAAACUCAGCAUAAACCCAGCUGAGCGUAUAAAGCAGUUGAUAAUUACUGCGUAUACUUCUAUGAACGCGCGGAGAAUACGAAAUAGUAGCGAGAAAUGAUCAAUGACAUCUACGAAAUAUUUCAUUAUUAUUUUUCCGAAUACUCCGAUCGAUAAAUCGCAGGAAUGCAGUUUGAAGCAAGGAUUUCCUGUGCGUUAUGCAGCCGCAGUUGCAGCCGCAAAGAAUUUCUCUGCACGGCUGCAGAUCAUUCUGGCGGAAAGAGAGAAGGGCGACGAUCACUUUUCAGUUAAUAUGAGCUCAAGGAGAGAUUGUAUUUUAUUCGUUUCGCUACAAUCGACCGUGCCGGUCUCGUCGUGCAAACAAUUACAUAAACUUGACAAACUUCGCAAAAACUUUCUCACUUCUGUUAUGUGCUGGCAACAGUUCCCGACCACAUCUAUUAUUUCAAUAUUAGAAGGUAUCCCGGUAUUAAAACACUAUGAUGGUCACGUGGAAUAUGAAUUAGAAUUGCUUAGGUAAUCCCCAUACUGCGCAAUCUCAUCGUACCUUCUAAUGACGCUUGACCGCAAGGUUAAUAACUGGAGAACACGUAAAUCUAUCUUCGUUUCCCUAAGAUCGGCCUAACUGUACGUGGAACAGUAAUCAAGAGAGAAAAGAGAGAAGGGGCUUCAAGAAACUCUUGUUUUAUUCAUGAAUUUAAAAUCUUGGACUACAUGAGCCUAACUUUUAUUAACUUCAAAUAAUUCUAGGAAUGUUCGACCAAAGUGCCGCCUCUUUGAAAUUUGUUAGCUCAAUUUUUGGCCAUCCCCGCUUGCAAAUCUGCAACCUGAUCUUCGCUUGAAGGGUAGGCUUACGAACGAACAUCUGCUCGAGGCUAACAGUAUAUACAUAACCGUAUUGAGAUUAUGCAAGGCUAACCGAUAGUCGGUGGAAAUGGCAGAUGCUUUACGCCAGUAAACGUAAUAUUAGUGGACGUUACGGCGAUCGAUGGUGCACGGCGAGACCUAACGGUGGAACCACCAUAACGCCCCGUAAUGAUGAUUCGAUUUUCUUUGGCAUCCUUGGAACUUGAUGCCAUUUGGAGCACCGGUGCGCCAUGGUAUUCGAUAAUUGACGAUGCAUCCUGAAUGAAGACGAUGUCUCAUUGAAUGAUAAAAUUUUACAUGCAGGGCGCUUUUUGUUUAAGUACAUAUCUUCCAAGCUAUGGGUUCUUCAAUUUUUAAGUUAAUAUUUCUUUAAAAAUUACGGACAAGAUCACAACUUAUUGUAUAA